GGCAGUAUCAUAGGCACCCCUCUUCACGCACAAUGUUCCAUCAGUUGACAUCAUGCCAACCAACCAUUAACUUAACUAUAGUAAAACAAUGUGUACACUCUGGACCCGCAUGACAAGUUUGUCUUCUCGGUCUAGUUUUCAAUAGUUCAACUCAGCAUCUAAGAUAAUAGUUCUAUGUGCUAAUAAAGCAAAGCAUUUGGAACUUAAAGCUACCUUACCACUCUCUGGUAGUCUGAUCUCUGCACCUCGAUACCCAAAUCAGAGCUCCCUGGAAAGGAGAAAAAUGGCUGCACUGCUCUUCCUAGCCCUUCUUUCAUCCCUCUCCUUCCACCUUUGCUCUUGUGCUUCCCCAUGGCAGACCAUGACCACUGGCUCAUACAUGAAAUCAGAAGAUCAUGACAGAAUCUUUCUCCUCUCACCAGACACCACCUUCUCCUGUGGCUUCCAUCGACUUGGAACAAAUGCUUUCACCUUCUCCAUCUGGUACACCGCCGUGAAAACGGUUGUUUGGACGGCGAAUCCAUACUCUGCGGCGAAAGGCUACUAUUCCCCUGUGAACCUUCACGGCUCCAGAAUAUCGCUGAACCAGGAUGGAAACCUGGUCCUGGCAGACACCAAUGGCUCCAUGGUAUGGGAAAGCAAGACAUCUUCCGGCAAGCACACAAUUGUUUCCCUCCUCGACACUGGCAACCUUGUGAUCAAUGAUUCUAGCAAUAAAAUCGUAUGGCAGAGCUUUGAUUCACCAAUAGACACCUUGCUCCCUUGGCAGAACCUCAAGAAAGAUAUGAGGUUAGUCUCUGAUUACCAUCACCUGUAUUUUGACAACGACAAUGUCUUGCGCUUAUUGUAUGAUGGCCCAGAUAUUACAAGUAUCUACUGGCCAAGUCCAGAUUACAAUGCGCUAAAAAAUGGACGCAAUAGAUAUAACAGCACCAGGGUAGCAUUUCUGGACGACAAGGGUAAUUUUGUGUCAAGUGAUGGGUAUAAAAUAGUGGCUUCAGAUUCAGGUCCUGGGAUCAAGAGGAGAAUUACAAUUGAUCAUGACGGCAAUUUUAGAAUGUACAGCUUGGAUGUGUCAACAAGGAAAUGGGUGGUUACAGGGCAGGCUGUAAUACAGAUGUGCUAUGUGCACGGAUUAUGCGGCAAGAAUGGGCUUUGUGACUACUCAGAAGGCCUUAAAUGUAGAUGUCCUCCAGAAUAUGUGAUGGUUGAUCCAACAGAUUGGAACAAGGGAUGCAAACCAACAUUCACAAUUGGCAGAAAUCAACCACAUGAGAACUUUACAUUUGUUAAGCAACCUCAUGCAGACUUCUAUGGCUUUGAUCUAGGUUCUAACCAAUCCAUCUCAUUUGAAGCGUGUUGGGACAUUUGUCUCAACAGCAGCUCAUGUAUAUCUUUCACAUACAAGGGUGGGGAUGGUUGGUGUUAUACUAAAGACAUACUCUACAACGGUCAGGUGUACCCGUAUUUCCCAGGAGACAACUACAUGAAAGUACCAAAGAGUUUCAAUGGUUCAAUAUCCUCAGUCUCCAAACAAGAAAGCCUAACCUGCAGACCCAGUGGUUCAGAGAUUAUGAUAGGAUCAACAAACAUGUAUGGAAUUAAGAAGGACAACAUAAAGUGGAUAUACUUGUAUGUCUUUGGUGCAAUACUGGGAGUUCUGGAGUUGCUUGUUAUUGUGACAGGAUGGUGGCUUUUUUUCAGAAAGGGUAACAUGCCCAAAUCAAUGGAGGAUGGAUACAAGAUGAUAACAAACCAGUUCAGGCGGUUUACAUACAGAGAAUUGAGGGAAGCAACUGGGAAGUUCAAAGAAGAGAUUGGGAGAGGGGGUGCUGGAAUUGUUUACAGAGGAGUACUUGAAGAUAAGAAAAUAGUGGCUGUAAAGAAACUUACAAAUGUCCAACAGGGAGAAGAGGAAUUCUGGGCAGAAGUGACUCUAAUUGGAAGGAUCAAUCACAUAAAUUUGGUCAGGAUGAUGGGAUUUUGCUCAGAAGGGAAAAACAGAUUAUUAGUAUAUGAGUAUGUGGAGAAUGAGUCACUGGACAAGUACCUCUUUGGUGAGAGAAGUACUGAAAGUCUGCUCGGUUGGAACCAAAGGUACAAGAUCGCCGUGGGUGCAGCAAGGGGCCUUGCUUAUCUUCAUCACGAGUGCCUUGAGUGGAUCGUCCAUUGUGACGUGAAGCCAGAAAACAUACUCCUGACUCGAGAUUUCGAUGCCAAAAUAGCAGACUUCGGAUUAGCCAAGCUUGCAAAGCGAGACAGCGCUAGCUUCAAUUUCACCCAUAUGAGGGGCACAAUGGGCUACAUGGCACCAGAGUGGGCAUUGAAUACCCCGAUCAAUGCGAAGGUCGAUGUUUACAGCUACGGAGUUGUGCUUCUGGAGAUUGUGACUGGAGCUAGGGUUUCAAGUGGCAUAAUGGUCGACGGAAGACAAGUGGAGUUUCCAGACUUUAUCCAGGAGGCCAAACAGAUUCUGGCUACCGAGAGGAUCACUGAUCUAGUGGAUGGCAGAUUGAAGGGGAAUUUCGAUCUAGAGCAGGCAACUGCAAUAGUGAGAAUAGCUGUUGCAUGCCUUGGAGGUAGAUGUGAGAGGCCGACAAUGGAUGAGAUUCUGAAGGCUCUUAUGGCAUAUGAUGAUGAAGACGACCAUCCUGCCUAUUCGUAUUGAUAUGCAAUGGAUGUAAAUAUUUGAGCUAUGCACACUAUUUGUUAACUCUGUUGACGUUACAAGCCAAUAGGCGUAAGCAGAUAAGAUGAAAAAGUGAAGUGUGUGUGCAUUUGCAGGAACCUAUUGUAAAAAUGUAGCAGGUUUUUGUGUUUCAAAUGCAUCAGAUAAACAGUAUGAUGGACUGGAGUGUUCUUGUAAUGGCAAUGCUUUCUUUUUAUCAACAAAUUUGGUCAAACUA